CUCUCUCUCUCCCUCCCCCCUCCGUCCAUGGCGUCGUCUUCCUCCUCUCUCGCCCCUCUCUCCUCCCUCUGGCGCCACCCCCACUCCGCCAUUGGUGCCCACCUCUCUCUCCGGCGGCGGCGCCGCCACCUCCUCGCCCUCGCCUCAUCAAACCCUAACCGCUCCUCCUCCUCCUCCCUCUCCCCACCCCAUCCUCUCCGACCCACCCCAUCCUCUUCUUCUGCUGCUCAAAGCCCUAUCUUGAAGUGUUUUCUCUACUCCCGAGUCCCUCUCCAAAACCCUAAUGUAACAAUCCCCCGCCGCUGCUUCAUUUGCUCCGUCUCCGCGGCCGCGGUCGCCGCCGAAACCCAACAAGAUCUAGUACCGACUUCAGAAAGUACCAGCAAAGGCCGUAUCUACCAUGAGACAUAUGGAUGCCAAAUGAACAUAAACGACAUGGAAAUAGUAUUAUCCAUCAUGAAAAAUGCAGGUUAUCAAGAAACUGUCGAAGAUCCAGAGAGUGCUGAGAUCAUCUUUAUUAACACCUGUGCCAUCCGCGACAAUGCUGAACAAAAAGUUUGGCAAAGACUUAACUAUUUUUGGUUUCUGAAAAGGGAAUGGAAGAGUAAUGUUGCAGUUGGAAGGUCAAAAUCUUUUCAACCUCCAAAAAUAGUUGUUUUGGGAUGCAUGGCUGAGAGACUGAAAGAAAAAAUACUUGACGCUGAUAAGAUGGUUGAUGUAGUUUGUGGUCCCGAUGCUUAUAGGGACCUGCCUCGAUUAUUAGAAGCCGUUGAGUAUGGGCAAAAGGGAAUUAAUACCCUGCUCUCUGUAGAAGAAACUUAUGCUGACAUUAGCCCGGUAAGGAUCUCAAGCAAUUCAGUUACAGCAUUUGUUUCAAUAAUGAGAGGGUGUAAUAAUAUGUGUUCGUUUUGCAUUGUUCCUUUUACAAGAGGGAGGGAGAGGUCCCGUCCGGUUAAUUCUAUAGUUAGAGAGGUUGGGGAAUUAUGGAAAGAGGGUGUGAAGGAAGUAAUGCUUCUUGGUCAAAAUGUCAACAGUUAUAACGAUGCUUCGGAAGUUGAAAAUUUGGAGCCAGGUUCUAAUUGGAGGCUAAGUGAAGGGUUUUCGAGCAUGUGUAAAGUGAAAAAUAUGGGGCUGAGAUUUUCUGAUUUGUUGGAUCGAUUAUCAAUUGAAUUUCCGGAAAUGAGGUUUAGAUUCACUUCGCCACACCCAAAAGAUUUUCCAGAUGAUUUACUGUAUUUAAUGCGGGAUAGGUAUAAUGUCUGCCAAAGUAUUCAUUUGCCAGCUCAGACAGGGAGCACAACAGUUCUUGAGAGAAUGAGGAGAGGUUAUACUCGCGAGGCAUACUUGGACUUGGUGCAGAAAAUACGGGACAUUAUUCCAGAUGUGGGGUUAAGUAGCGAUUUUAUAUGUGGCUUUUGUGGGGAAACAGAGGAGGAGCAUGCCGACACCCUAACUCUCAUUAGGGCAGUUGGGUAUGAUAUGGCAUAUAUGUUUGCCUAUAGUAUGAGAGAAAGAACUCAUGCGCAUAGAAAUUACGUCGACGAUGUCCCUGAUGGUAUUAAGCAAAGAAGACUUACUGAACUCAUUGAAGCUUUUCGAGAAAGCACAGGACAGCGGUAUGAUUCACAGAUCGGUACGGUUCAACUUGUUUUAGUCGAAGGACCAAAUAAAAGAGCUCCUGAAACUGAACUAGUCGGCAAAAGUGAUAGGGGACAUAGGGUUUCCUUUCUUAAUGUCCCUAUAAAGCACUCAUUUGAAGCUGAUGGCUUGCAAAACCCUAAAAUCGGGGAUUUUGUUGAGGUAAAUAUUUUGAAAUCAACAAGGGCAUCGUUGUUUGGAGCAGCAGUAUCUCGUACAAGCUUGAGCUUUUUCUAUAAGAACUGUGCAUCUGCUUCUGCUACAGCCGAGAGUUGAAAGACGAAGUAAAAAGGCUUAAAUUACAACUGGUUCAAGCUCUUUAAAUACUCUUAAAUCUGGCAGAGAAAAAGGUGACUGAGGUUAUUCACCACACUGAUGGUUUGAGAUCGCAGGGCCUUCGUUCAUGGAGAUGACCUUCGGUGCAGAGAACAGCUUAUUUUGCUUUCAGAUGCUAGAGAGGUGUGGGGCUUAUUCUUUCUGUGGAUCUUUUAACAGUUUUAUCGACAAGGUGCUUGCAAAGGGAAGUGGUGUAGCGCUCUGUAUACUGGUUAUGAUUGCCGCUGCUAUAAGACUUACUCGAACAGCUGAUGAUACUUUUGAUUAGGUUUUCUGUUAUGGCUUUCUACUAUUCAUGGUGAUAGAAAUGUGAACCAUCUGCAUCUCUUUCUUAUUGCUAGUUACCUGUUUUGCUCUAUGUAAAUACUCUAUACAGGACAAAGGCCAUGUAAGCCUAUGAUGAACUUCUUAGGGGCGCAUUUAUGUGCGCUUCUGUAUAAACACUGCUUCUGUUUACAC